CAUAAAAUCAGUUGGACGCUCCAAUCGAUUUCUUUGCAAUACCUAUUAUUUCACGAAACUAGACAACUUUUUGUGCCAUGAGGAUCUUUCCUUCAGCUCUCUUGCUCGUCGGCUUUCUCGGCCGGAGCCAUGGUGAAACUCUUGCUCUCCCCACCAAUGCGUCUUUGGUAUCCGGGAGUUUGUAUCUGCGUGGUCAGACGGAUGGCGGCAGCACGACUGCGAGGAAGCUACAGGAGACGGUUGUAGAAGAGGUCGCGGCGGAGCCUGCUGUCGUCAAUAACAUAGGUUACGUUUUUAAAGGAUACGACCUUGUGAUGGGGAAUCCAUUGGAGACUACUGGACUGGUAAAGGUCGACCAAGGCUUCCGUCAAUCAAUCUUUAAACAAACCAACUAUGUGGAAACGCCUGAUAAGCAGUUCAUGACCCCGCAAGGCGUCAACGUGGUAGAGUGCGAAGGAUGCAACUUGGCAUUUAGCUCAACCGAGGUUCGUUCCACGAGCGAGUACAAGAGCACACUGGAAGCAAAGGCCAAAGUGUCUGGAUCUUCCUCAUUUGGCGCUAUCAAGGGCGAGUUCUCUGCUUCCGCUGGAUACAAGGAAGCGAAGGAGAGGUUCGGCUCCAACCACGAAACCAGUACCACUUCGGAGGUUUCCUGCUGUGUCUACCAAGCCGAGCUCGAGAGCUUCAAGCUCCCACCCUAUUCGAGCAACUUUGUUACCGCAGUCAACAAACUUGUGGCCGUCUUUAACAACAAUCUGAAUUUGGUUCCCUGGAUCCGAAAGUUUGUGGAUGAGUUUGGAACGCAUUUCGUCAAAAAGGUCACGAUGGGAUCCAUCUAUGGCGAACAAACCUUCAUCUCGUCAUCCGACAUGAAGAGUAUGCUGUCGCAAGGGAUCAAUAUAGAACUGGCGGCGUCGGCAAGCGGCGCCUUUGGCGCUGGCAAGGCAGAAGGCAGCCUGGACUAUGACGCGCAAAAGACAAUGACCUUCCGGAACUCCGCAUCCAAGAGGAAUGUGUACAGCCGAGGAGCCAAACCACCAGGCGAUGGUGAUGUCACAAAGUGGUUGGAACAAUCCUCGAACAACCCUGUACCAACGUACACCGAGCUCCAGAGCAUCUCUGACCUUCCGAUCUUCGAUGGCAAGGCAGGAGUGCGAACUGCGCUCCGGAACUACCUCAAUGGAUACUGUGAAGCCAUCAACCCAGGACAAUGCACAGCGGGUGAAGAAGGCGUGAAUGCGAUCAUCAACCUAAUCGUCACUGACCAACAAGCCGGGAUGCACGAUCAACGUACAACAACUCAGCAGAACCAGCUGAAGCAUUACGGAGUGCGGAAUUUUGGUGCAAUGGGUAUUGGGGUCACAGGACACGGAACUUCGAAUGCUUGGGUCUAUGUGGGCCUGCAGGGGAAAAUUCAAGGCGCCAAAGGCUGGGACAGGGGUUAUAAGGCCAAUGUUGCCGACUUUGGCGCUGGGUAUGAUCAUCGGGAUCCCUACAAUGUUCAUGGCUGGUCGAGCAACGACAAGGCGUUUACCUUCAGAUGUGAUCCCAACACCGCCGUGGUUCAAAUCAAGGCCACCGGUCAUGACUCAUCCAACAGCCAGGACAGGAGGUUUAUCAUUUCCUGUGGGGGUUUCCCAGGUAUGGAUAUCAUGGAGGCGGGCUGGAGAGACAAUAACCUGGGAAUGUCGAGUAAAUUUUCUGACUUCCCAUGGCGCAAUGAUUUCACCACCGACUUGGACUAUACAUGUCCAAGGAACCAUGUGAUGAUUGGUGUCGAAUCCGUCCAUGAUAAUGGCACCGAACAGAGAAAGUGGAAGAUUCUCUGCGGCAAGGUCAUUGACAAAUGGGUGGCCAACAGGAUCUCUAUUACUCCCUAUAUCAAUGACCUUGAAAGAAGCUUCAGUUACUGGACCAGGGCCAACACUGUGUUGGUUGGACUCCGAGGUGCACGAAAUACAGCCAGCAAGGACACCAUGUUUCAGUUCAUUGAAAAGGGUUUGCCCAAUGGUGUCACCACCAAUAGUUAUGAAUGGAGUAAUUGGUUGAACACAAAGGAUGCCAACGGCAAGGAGCAAGAACACUUUGACUUUUCCUGCCCCGGUGGACAAGGAAUUGUUGGGAUGUCAUCCAAUUUCAAGAGGAGCCCAAACAAUCCCAACGUGGAUCGCGAGUUUAAGUUUGAGUGUCGCUCCAUUUUGAACCACAAUCUUCUUCAUGCGGAUGGACGCACGGCACGACCCACUUCCCUCCCCGCGGAUGGAGAUUGGUCGUACAUCUACCAAGGAUUGGGUGUCAACUUUGCUUUGGAAUGUCCCGCUGGAAAAAUCUUGACUGGUGUGUCCGUCCGAUACGAUGACAUUGCCCAGGAUCGUGGUUGGAAGAUCAUGUGCCUGGAGCUUUCUAGGAUCUGAGCGACUUGAUAGGAGGCAGCGUGUACGCGGCCAUUGUUCGUCUUUCUUGGGUGUGCAACACCUCUCUGUAGUUUGGGAUGGUGUGCACUGUUGACCCUUAAAACAGUAGGUUUUCAUUUUUAAGACAUGAACAUGAAUGCACGGAUUGAUUCGAUUCGACA